AUGUCGGCCCCGAUUUCUCAUUACUAUGUAUUCACCGGUCACAAUUCUUACCUCACCGGAAACCAGCUCAACAGUGACUCCAGUGACGUUCCAAUCAUAGCAGCAUUGCAAAAUGGCGUGCGAGUGAUUGAACUCGACAUGUGGCCAAACUCCGCAAAGAACUGUGUUGACAUUCUGCAUGGAGGGACAUUGACUGCACCAGUAGAAAUCAUGAGAUGUUUAAAGUCCAUUAAAGAAUACGCUUUCUGCGCUUCGACAUAUCCUCUUGUAAUUACUCUUGAAGAUCACCUCACAGCAGAUCUCCAAGCCAAAGUAGCCGGGAUGAUCACGGAAACAUUUGGAGACCUCCUUUACAUCCCUAGUUCAGACACACUAAAUGAGUUCCCUUCUCCAGAAGCUCUAAUGAGAAGGAUAAUCAUCUCAACUAAACCACCACAAGAAUACAGGGAGUUUCUUAAAGCUCAGGGUGAUCAGAAAAACAGUGGCAAUGCAGAUAAAUUAGCAGAGGAAGGAAACUUGAGAAGAAUAGAUUCAAAUGCUGAUGAUUCUGAUGGCAAGGAUGAACCAGAUGACGAAGAUGACGAAGAAUCUGAGGAAGAGGAUCCUAAAUUUCAGCCGGAUACUGCCUGUGAGUAUAGGAAACUAAUAACAAUCCAUGCUGGCAAACCAAAAGGCCGUAUGAGGGAUGCGCUUAAGGUCGACCCUGACAAAGUCAGACGUCUUUCUUUGAGCGAGACACAGUUAGCUAAAGCAACAGCUUCUCAUGGUGCUGAUAUCAUAAGGUUUACUCAGAGGAAUAUAUUAAGGAUUUAUCCGAAGGGUACAAGGAUUAAUUCUUCUAACUAUGAUCCAAUGAAGGCCUGGACUCAUGGUGCGCAGAUGGUUGCAUUUAACAUGCAGGGGCAUGACAAAUCGCUAAGAUUAAUGCAAGGAUUUUUCAGAGCCAACGGUGGCUGCGGAUACGUGAAAAAGCCUGACUUCUUGCUAAAGACAGGCCCAAAUGGUGAAGUGUUUGAUCCCAAAGCGAGCCUGCCGGUGAAGAAAACUCUCAAGGUCAAAGUAUAUAUGGGGGACGGGUGGCGCAUGGACUUCAGUAAGACUCAUUUCGACGCCUUCUCCCCACCCGAUUUCUACGCCAGGGUGGGGAUCGCGGGGGUGCGGGCGGACUGCGUGAUGAAGAAGACCCGGACGAUCGAGGACCAGUGGGUGCCGGUGUGGGACGAAGAGUUCACGUUCCCGCUGACGGUGCCGGAGCUGGCCCUGCUGCGGGUGGAGGUCCAGGAGUACGACAUGUCGGAGAAACACGACUUCGGCGGGCAGACGUGCCUGCCGGUGAUGGAGCUGAAGCAGGGCAUCCGCGCCGUGCCCCUCCAUGACCGCAAGGGCAACAGCGGGGAGGAAAAGUGCAGUGCAGUAUAUACUGGGGUGGGGCGAGCGCUGGAGGGCGCGUGCAGGCAGAAGGGCGAGGAGUUGGGCAGCGCCGCCCUGCAAAUCGACCAGUUUCAGGUCGUCAGGAAGGUCAUCGUUGGUAAGAAGGCUGAUUUCGACGGCUUCCUCUCCAACCUGGGGUUCGCCAGGCUGGGGGCGCCGGCGGCGAGCUAUGCCGAUGACUCCCAGGCCUCGGCGCCAUCGGCUGCUGGCCAGGAGGUCCGUACAAGCGUAAUUGGGGAGAGGGAAGGGGUUGACAGUGGUGGUGAUGCUGCACAGCCGCCACAGAAGUUUGCCGGCCGGUUGCUCAACAUCCCAUUGUCGAAUGUGGAGCGGCUCCGGUCAACUCUGUCCACGGUUUCACUGACGGAGCUGAUUGAGUUGGUUCCACAGCUGGUUGGCAGAUUGUCGACUUCAGUCGAUAGCCAUCCAGACAAGAAGAAGCUUUUCUCCGUGCAAGACUUCUUCCGGUAUGCAGAAAUCGAAGGGAAGCGAUUCUUUGAGGAAUUGGAUAGGGAUGGUGAUGGCCAAGUCACCCUAGAAGAUCUUGAAGUUGCAAUGAGAAAGAGGCGAUUGCCGCGGAGGUACGCUCGGGAUUUGUUACGGCGUACCAGAAAUAACAGGUUUUCAAAGUCGAUUGGGUGGAAACAAUUUCUAUCCUUGAUGGAGCAGAAGGAGGCAACAAUACUCCGGGCAUACACCACACUGUGUUUGAGCAAGUCUGGGACGCUUCACAAGAAUCAAAUCGUUGAAUCUUUAAAAGGGGCAGGCCUCCCGGCCAAUGAAGAUAAUGCUGCUGCCAUGCUGCGCUAUCUAAAUGCAGAUUCAGAAGGAUCAAUCUCAUACAGCCAUUUUCGCAGUUUCAUGCUUCUACUUCCUUCAGAGCGCCUUGAAGAUGAUCCUCGGAACAUUUGGUUUGAAGCAGCUACAUUGGUUGCUGUUCCCCCACCUGUAGAAAUAUCUGCCGGAAAUGUUUUGAAGUCGGCUUUAGCUGGAGGUCUUGCUAGUGCCCUUUCUACCUCUAUGUUGCACCCUAUUGAUACAAUGAAGACACGUGUCCAAGCAUCUACGCUCUCAUUUCCAGAGCUAAUUGCAAAGCUUCCACAAAUUGGGAUUCAAGGACUGUAUCGAGGUUCUAUCCCUGCAAUUCUCGGACAGUUUUCAAGCCAUGGUUUGAGGACAGGAAUUUUUGAAGCAAGUAAGCUCAUAUUAGUAAGAGUGGCUCCAACACUUCCGGAGAUUCAGGUGCAAUCGUUGGCUUCCUUCUGCAGCACAAUCCUGGGAACCGCAGUCCGUAUUCCUUGUGAGGUUCUUAAGCAACGGUUGCAGGCUGGAAUCUUCGACAAUGUAGGGGAGGCCAUUGUUGGUACCAUGCAAAAAGAUGGCCUAAAGGGUUUCUUCCGUGGCACUGGGGCCACUCUUUGUCGUGAGGUUCCUUUCUAUGUUGCCGGAAUGUGUCUUUACGGUGAAGCUAAAAAGGCGGCACAGCAUGUCUUGAGCAGAGAGUUGGAACCAUGGGAAACUAUAGCAGUUGGAGCAUUGUCUGGAGGGCUUGCAGCAGUUGUCACCACUCCCUUCGACGUGAUGAAGACCCGGAUGAUGACCGCCCCACCAGGCACGCCAGUCUCCAUGCAGUUGAUAGUCUUCUCCAUCCUCCGAAACGAGGGACCCCUCGGGCUCUUCAAGGGUGCGAUCCCACGCUUCUUCUGGAUCGCUCCUCUCGGAGCAAUGAACUUUGCAGGCUACGAGCUCGCCAAGAAGGCCAUGAUCGAAGCUGAGAAGGAGACCGCCGACUCUUUACAAGAGAAGAAGAACAUGGUGGGUUCGAGAGGAUGA